AUGACCAAUAAGAAUACCUCUGAAUUGAACCCAGUUAUGUCUGACUCAACAUUCUCUAAUUCAAUAAUUAUAAAGCAUACCACAGAUAAUCGCUUAUUUUCCACUCCACGCCAAACCCCGUACUAUUGUUUCUAUGAUCUAUUGUCAGAAUCAUCGAAAGCUUUCUUGUAUCAAUGUGAAAUUCGUAGAAUUGAUGAAUCUCAUCUUCCUGUAGUCGAAGCAUCUCUUAAGAAGUUAAAACAAAUUGUAACAUAUGGUUGA